AGCUCAGUCUGAGCAAAGGAGCAGCUGAGAGAAGAGGGACACAGGGAGGGAAACAGGAGCUAUAUCAACUCAACAAAUCACCCUCAGUGUCUGGUGUGAGACUCGCACGUGGCUUUGGACUUGAGGACUUGUUGGAGUAGGCGGUGGGGAACUUCAGUUGUGUCAGACAGAGACAGAAGAGCACUCUUGUAUAGUUUUGAGAUAGCGCUAUAGAAACAGGAGACAAGACCUCAAAACUGGACCUCAUUCAUCUCCUCUUGGGUGCUAACUGUGCAGACUUGAACCCUGAACUGCAUCUUCUUAUGAACUUUUGUGGAUCUUGCUCACAUCUUGGCUGGAGACUGGAGCUCAGUGUGAGAAGCAGCAGGAGAGCGCGGGUGCAGAAAGAGAAAAUUGCCAUCCAUCUCUAGCCCACCCUCAGCUUCGGACGCGCCCCUCCUCCUUGCCUGUCUUCUUCUGCCCCCUGUACCCCCCUACCCAACCCCUCCUCAUCCCCUCCUCCUCCUCCUUCUCCUCCUCCUCUACACCUCACCCCCCAACAGAGCAGAAAGCGUGAAAAAUCUCACUAAUGGGUUUAUUUGCUGUCAGAUCUGCGCCGAUCUGUCAUUCCCUUGCACCAUUCUGCUUGACACAUUUCAUAGUUGAGUAAGCCUCCUCUAGCUUUCUGGCUAGAGUUAACAGUGCCCCUGCAACGUUGUGCUGCCUGAGAGCUCAUCAAGGAGGGGAGCGACGGCGGCAGCAGUCAGUCUGACAGUCUCUUGGACAGGGAGUCCCUGAAGCUGCAUUCCUCUGGUCUCCUUCCUGAGCCUCGUGGGCAUCCCUCAGUCUCUUGCCCCUCUACAGAAGAUUCAGGUUGUUGCUGCAGGGAUUGAUUGAGAAAUAGUUGUGAAGAUGUGGUGUGCUGCUGGGCCUCUGGCCGUGGUGGCUGCAGUGUUUUGGACUCAGUGUGUCCUUCUUGAUGGGGUGGAUGCCAAGAAGGAGAGAAAGAGGCCAAAGGAGGCCACGCCACAGCACACAGAGACCUUCAACGCGACUCUGUCCAACAGCGAGGAGGUCGGCGGAAGCAUCAAGAUUGCUGACAACCAGAGAGUGGAUCCACUAGGAUCAUGGAUGGACUUUGUCAAAAGACCUGUUGGCAACUUCCCUGGAAAGUGUCGCAAGCGCAAACGACCCCUGCCGGGCCCACCUGGUCCCCCUGGUCCUCCUGGCCCUCAGGGUCCUCCAGGCUCCCCUGGGGCUGAAGUGACCCAGGAAGUUCUUCUGCAGGAGUUCAAAGACAUGAUUAAAGAGGCGACUGAGAGGAGAGCAGCAGCACUGGACAGAACAGCCAGCCCCAGCCAGCUACCUACAGCUCUCCUCACCCUGGAUGGGAUGACAUCCUACCGACGAAUUGAAGAGGCGUUCCACUGCAAGCUCAAGGGACCUGUAGUGGUCGACAAGAAGACGCUGGUGGAGCUCCAAAACUUUCAGACACCUCCAGCCAAAGGAGCCUUCCUCAGAGGAUCAGGAAUGGACCAGUCCACUGGGAGAUUCACCGCUCCAAUUACUGGGAUCUACCAGUUCUCUGCCAAUGUUCACAUUGACCACAACGAGGUGAAGAGGAGCAAGAGUCAACUGAAGGCCAGGGAUAAUGUCCGGGUGCUGAUCUGCAUUGAAUCGCUCUGCCACAGAUACACCUCGUUGGAGAUGAUUGUUGGAUUAGAAAGUAACAGCAAGAUCUUCACUGUCAGCGUUCAAGGGCUGCUUGAGCUACAGGCCGGGCAGUACACCUCCAUAUUUGUGGAUAACGCAGCAGGUGCUUCCAUUACAAUACAGAACGGUUCAGAUUUCAUGGGCAUGCUGCUCGGCGUAUAGCCUCACACGUGAAAAGGGCAUCAUCUAAGCUACACACGGCUGCCUUUUUCUUACUUUUCAAAGGACUUGCUUUUGAGCACCACCACACAGAACCAAACCACAGGGAGGUUUGAAGGAAGUGACUGCUUGUCAGACGGUGAAAAGGACAGUGUGAAGAACUCGAGGACUGAGUUUGUUUUUCACAGUGUGCUGCCACUUCCCUGAGGAACUUUAAUGACUGUCGCUACACCAUGAAAAUAACCUGAAAACAAAGCGGUGAACAUGUCUGUCUCAGUAUAAUUUUAAUGGUUGUUGAAGACCUUUGGGAUAAACCAAAUAUCAGUGAUGUUAAUGUACAAAAGGUACAUUUGUGUGUUAAAUGUACACUGACAUGUCUCAUGAGUUUUUGUCAAUAUGAUCUUUUAUGUACACAGUCAUGAACUGUAGUUAUUUUUUUAUCAUGGAUUUAAUAUCACCUUUAUAUGUGUUAUAUGGUACAUAGACUGCGAGUACACUGGACAUUGCUCAGAGUACAUAAUGGGGCUUCACAAGAUCUUGUAAAAGUGAUGUCAAACAUGUGUGAGCUACCUGUUUUGUAAUACAGCUUUAACUGCAGUGUUAUCCGUGCAAAUGGCAAGGCUCUGUGUCAUAAUGCUGGCCCACUACCUUUGAGACAAGAAUAUCACAACAGUUAAAUGGAUUUUGAAGACAUUUUCAUGAUUCUAGGGGAUUACCGGAUUAUCACUCCACUGCAUUUCAAUCUAGCGCCACCAUGCUGUUAACAUUUGUGAUGUUGGCUGAGUUGUUGUUCCCCUCAGAAAGGAUUCCAAAGGCACUGUGAGGAUCUGUCAUGUUGUGUUGAUUCUGGUGACCCCUUUGGAUGAAAUUGGUAGUGUGUUACAGGAUGAAGACAACAUUUCCCAUGAGCACCGUCACCCACUGUCUUAGAAAGCGUCUCUUGCCAAAGCAUGCAUUUGUUGUGGAAGCAAACUGUUCAACACAACUUUUUUGCAGGAUGCAGAAUGAUGAGGUAAUGUAUUAAUAUGUAGCGGCAUAAAAUUUUUAAUUGUAACGUAACAAAGACAAAACACAGCAAACUGAUUUAUCACUGUUAGUUAGCUUACAAAAGGUGAGCAGAUACAGGUUUAACAUUACCCUGGUGUCAUGAUGUGUGUGACCACAUUCCAAAAACUGUCUGAAUAACAUAAUUAUGCACAUGGUUUAACUCUUUAAUCCUCAAAGUGCAGUGAAGCUUUAACACACCAGCAUAAGCAUUCAAUUUAGCUAGCAAAGCCCUGGUAUAAAACAUGAUGUCAAAAGAAAAUAAUCUGCUUCUCACUGCCAAACUUUACCAGCAGAGCUUUAAACAGAGACACUUCAGGGUGAGUGCUACAUAUUGAUUUGGCUUUUAUUGCCACUGGUGCCAAAAUUCAGUAUGAAGAAAUAACCAAUCUUGUCACUGAUAAACUACUUUGCAAUGUAGGUCCUGAAGAGGCAUCAGUGUUAGAGAGACACUAUUACAAAAUCAGUCAAAAACUCCUCACAGUGCCUUUAACCAAUGUAAACAUGCUAACAUGGUAUAUAUGGUACAUUUAGCACAAUGAACUGUACAGCUUUAUAGAGUAGCUAGCAUGGAUAUGAACUUCUCAAACUGCAACAGAAAAGUAAUGGUACUGGCGCUGUGUAACUAGCAUUGGUCAGCACAGUGUUUACCACUCCCUAACUUCCAAUGGCAUGGCACAAAACAUACUGAUACCAUAUUUACAGUCUUUGUUGUUUUAAAAUCUUUUUUGUUGUGUUUCAUUUCUUAUGACGUGUAGAUGUUUGUAAUUUAUCAUAACUGAAACACCAGUAACAUUGAAAAGCAUUGAUAUUUUGAUAUGGUAUUUAUGUUUGAGGAAAUAUAUGAUGUACUUCGAAUCUUUUGAACUGUUCAAACUCAAGAUUAUUUCAAGAAUAAAUUGUCUUUUUGCAUUUUUUAAAACCAUAUUAUGCUCUAUAUUGAAAUUAAACUUUCUAUUAAAUGU